UGGAGACCUGACCAGCAGGCCAGCAGCCAGGACCUCUUCAAGGUGGGGGCUUCUCUGAACUUGUGGUCCUGCCUGGCUGGGGCCACAGCCAAGAAGAGGUCAGCUAUGUCAUCUGAACCUCCCCCGACACCGCCACAGCCCCCAACGCAUCAGACUUCUGUUGGGCUAUUGGACACUCCUCGGCCCCGGGAUCGUUCUCCAUCCCCGCUUCGAGGCAAUGUGGUCCCUAGCCCUCUGCCCACACGCAGGACAAGGACCUUCUCAGCGACGGUGCGGGCUUCACAGGGCCCUGUCUACAAAGGAGUCUGUAAAUGCUUCUGCCGGUCCAAGGGCCACGGCUUCAUCACCCCGGCUGAUGGUGGCCCUGACAUCUUCCUGCACAUCUCUGAUGUGGAAGGGGAAUAUGUUCCAGUGGAAGGCGACGAGGUCACCUAUAAGAUGUGCUCUAUCCCGCCUAAGAAUGAGAAACUGCAGGCUGUAGAAGUGGUCAUCACUCACCUGGCACCAGGCACCAAGCAUGAGACCUGGUCCGGGCAUGUCAUCAGUUCCUAGGGACCUGCAAGAAACCCCCUUCUCCUGGGCUUGAGGGAGACUAUGGGGGGAGGAGGAGCAGGACACCCUGGAUAUAACAUUCUACCACACAAGAUGGGGCCUCAAGGUGGGCAUGGCCCCUUUCAAGCAUUUCCUGGGAGAAGGGAGUUGUGGGCAGGCAGGGGGUGCUCUCAGCCACCAGCACAGCCUCUAGCCAUUGCAACAAGCUCUCACUGUCUGAAAACAUUAAAAGCAUUUGAAAAGGA